CAGGCGCUGGGGCCAACUCACCCCAGUACCCUGAUAACUCAGGGCAAUCUGGCGAAUUCGCUGAGGGACCUCGGCCGGCCUGCCGAAGCUCUGGAUGUAGAGAAAGAGGUGCUGGCUGCCCAGCAGCAGGCGCUGGGGCCAACUCACCCCAGUACCCUGACAACUCAGGGCAAUCUGGCGAGUUCGCUGAGCAACCUCGGCCGGCAUGCCGAAGCUCUGGAUGUAGAGAAAGAGGUGCUGGCUGCCCAGCAGCAGGCGCUGGGGCCAACUCACCCCGAAACCCUGAGAACUCAGGGCAAUCUGGCGGCUUCGCUGAGCAACCUCGGCCGGCAUGCUGAAGCUGUGGAUGUAUACAAAGAGGUGCUGGCUGCCCAGCAGCAGGCGCUGGGGCCAACUCACCCCCAUACCCUGAGAACUCAGGGCAAUCUGGCAAAUUCGCUGAGAAAGCUUGACCGGCAUGCCGAGGCUGAUGCUGUGCAAAGCCAGGGCCGCCUCGCAACUUGA